GAUGCAGCCGAAGUUGUGUAUGUUCUUUGAUAAUUUGAAGUUUUAAGCGGGUACUAGUUCUCGUGUUUAACCAAAUGUUAGAUAUCAGUUGUUCCUGAUUGGGGCUGAACUGAUUACAGUCGCGUGAACGAAUUAACACCGCCUGAAACCGUUUUCAAGCAAAACAAACUUGCGUCAUGGUAUCUAUGAAAAAUUUUCCGAAUCCUGCACCUGUUGGCCAUGUGACAGUUUGUGAGGUCGAUGGAAAAUUACAAACAAUGACAAUUGAAAAUGCUAAUUUUUCGAUAUUUAGCAACACCGUUGCAUCAUAUCCAACAAUAGUAGUGAACAGGGACUUGCUCCGCCCUUCUGUAACUUCUCAUGAAGAUGUAAAUGCUGUCUUUCUGCCUGUUCGCGAAGGUUUAGUGAAGAAAAUAUUAAAUGUGUGGUAUGAACAUGGACUAUUGGAGGCAUUAAAUUUGAUGGCGGACCAAAAUGAUCCAAACAUACACCCCACGGUUCGGUAUGCAGCAUCAAGUAUGCUGAAACUUUCUGAUAUUAUAAUUCGCCUCAGAAAUCGUUUUCACCCACGUCUGACUGAGAGUGGAACAAAUCUGAUUGCUGCUGUGUCUCAGACAAGAGACUGGAGUCGCAGUCCUGUCAGGUGUCUUGCAUGGCACCCACACUGCACAAAACUAGCUGUUGCAGUUCGUGAUGAUUCAGUACAUAUUUACACUGCAGGUUCAAAGCAUAAGCCUUUCCUCAAAUAUAAAAAUCAAAAGAAUAUUUCAUCUCUGGCAUGGAGACCCUUAUCUGCAUCGGAACUUGCUGUCGGAUGUGAAGCUGGUGUUUAUGUCUGGCACAUAGACCCUAAUUCUGUUGUUACAAGGUUAUCUGCAAAUUGUGCUACGUUUCUAGAAAGACCAAACCAUUCGCCUAUUACUAGUGUUGCCUGGAGCCCACAGGGAGACGUUUUGGUGACUGCUUCUGCUGCAGAUACUGUGAUGUAUGCUUGGGAUCUUGCUAUGGAAUCGUACUCAGCCAUAAGGAAAACACACGGUGGUGGUGUGAGCUUUAUAGCAUGGUCUCCUGAAAAGGUCUUUUCAGCAACCACCGGUGUCGUUUUCAGAGUGUGGGAAACCAACACAUGGACAUCUGAGCAGUGGACUCUGCCAUUUGGACAUGUUAAAACAGCUUGCUGGAGUCCUUGUGGAUCCGUGUUGUUGUUUGCAACAUCUCAUGAGACUGUCAUAUAUUCUUUAUCAUUCAUAAGAGCUGUGACAGUCUUCUUGGCUGAUGCAGAGAAAGCUAGUAGAACAGCCAUACCUGUUGCAGAUGUUACACCUAGUGAGACAGACACUACUGGUGAUAGGAUUGGAGGACUACCAGUUUCAAUUGUGUGGGAUGGUCGUGGCCAAUAUGUAGCAGUACUAUUCAAGGAAAGCAGGCACAUUGCUGUCUUCAAAAGUAAACUGAAACCAGUUUUUCAGCUGACACCAUGUUGCUUCAUCAGUGGAAUUUCUGAUGAAUUGCCAAAUGCUAUAUGUUUCCAAAACAACUAUGAAGAAGGUGCUUUACUGACAAUUGCAUGGUCAACAGGACGAAUUCAGUACUUCCCAUUUAUCAACUCGAGUGCAGGGACCAAGGAUGCAAUGAAUGUAACACACUUUUCAGGACAUCUUGAUUCUACAUCGUUCCAUAGUCCAACAAUUCACAACCUUUCAACAUUCCGUAAUGCUUCCUUUGCUUCUUUUUGAUUGAGAUUUUAAAUUAUUUUAAAUCAGUUAAUAAACUGGGCAGUUAUUUAUUUACACCUUUGUUGGAGGUGGUGCGCAGUGAAAUUUGUUGACCAAUGCAAGUUUUCCGAAACCUAUGUAUGGACAAUUUGGCAUGGAUGUGUAAUUGUUUUACUUGUACUUUUACACCACUCUUGUAUAUUAUAUCAGUUUUGUACAUUACUGCUUAAUUUCUUGUAACAAGAGAGAGCCAGUUUAUCAAGCAAGUAUUGGAGCAUUGUAUAGGAACUGAUUUAUUUCUUGUAGCAGAGAAUUGACUUCUUUCAGAUAACAGAAAGUCUGAAAAAUUGUACAGAAUUGAUAUUUUAAUUUGUGGGUAUCUCAAGUUACUUUGAUAUACCAUACAUAAAUAAAAGAAAUAUUACAAAUGGAACAGAAAGAGUCCUCACUCAUCCAAAGUAUUUCACUGUAAUGAAAAAUUCUCAGAAUGUGGAAAUAAAUUUUAUUAAAUUACAGGUUGGAAGAGCUUGGGAGACUAGAGGAUUACUAGUGAGAAAUCAUAGCUCACUGUGUUUGCUUUGUUGACCACAUUGAAAAAAAAAAUAGAUUUGGUAUUAAAGUAGGUUUCAGAGGAUAGUGAAUUUCUUGAAGGUAAUUAAAAAAAAACUUGAGUUUAAUAGUCCUUUCUUGGAUUACAACCAUUAACUAAUGAUUGUAUUUGAACAAUUUAAGGAGUAUAAAAUUUUACCAUAGUUUGUAAAGAAAUGUAACACUGUUGGCAGUUGUGCUACAUUUAUAGUAGAAUUGUAUAUAUAAUCCAGAUGAUGACUUGUUAAAAAUGUUUAUUCAGCAGACAAUGUACUUUGGUUACUUUGUACAGUUACUUUGGUUGGCUCAAUAUUCAUCCUGUAAUGUAGAGCGGGGUUAUUUGGUCAGUUGACUAAACAAUUUUAAAAACAGCAAAAUCAGACCAGACUUCACUCACAACUAUUUUGUGCUUCAUGAAAAUGAAUUUUCAUGUGGAACUUUUUUUCCCAUAUGAAGCACAAAGAAACAAUAUUGUAACAUGUAUUCACUACUGAAGUGAAAGAAAAAUGGUUUCUGGUUAAGCUAUGCUCGUGCAAAAUUCUUUGCAAACUUCCUCUUUCAUGUAAAAUAUCAAUUGUGAAAUGCCAAAUUGGAUGUAACUUUUAUCAGAUGUUCUUAAAGGAAACAAUCAAGUUCAGUGUCAUUUUGUGUCACGAGA